UUUUAUACAGAAAUAGUACAUUAAGCGUUAAUAAAAGGAGAGAAAUGGUUGACACAGAAAAUCAUUCCAACAAAAAUAACAAUUUCAAUUCACCCCCAAAUAACAACCCCAACUCCAAUUCCUUAUUAUAUUCUUCCCCAAUUCCAUCAACUUCUUCAUUUCCUCCAUUUUAUUCUUCUUCCAUACCUUCCUCAUCCUCUACUAAUCCUUUUAAUAAUUAUUUCUCUUCUCCUUCUUCAACUUCUCAAUAUUCUUUUGGAAAUCAACAAUUUAAUAAUCAAAAUUAUUCAAAUAAUAAUUCUAUUAAUUUUGCUGCUGCGGCUUUUGCCGCAGUUAUUAAUGGAACAAAUUCAAUUAAUGGAGCGAAUAAUAUUUGUGGAAAUUCUGGAACUCCCAAUACUUCAGCAGGUGGACCUAUUUUAGCAAAUUUUGAAUAUAAUCGAAAGGGUAGACGUGAAAGAACAUCAUACAACAAGAAUCAAUUGGACAUACUUGAAGCACAAUUUCAGCUAGGACAAUAUCCAGAUGUAGCAAUACGCGAAGAUUUAGCUGCCAAAAUUAAUUUACCGGAAAGUCGUAUUCAGGUAAAUAUAUUUAAAAAUUUAUAA